UUAUCUCCUCAAAGCUUUGAAUUCUCCAACUCAAUUGCUUCCAUUGAAAUCUUCAAGUAUUCUCUUGAAGAAAAAAUCCCAUAUGAUAGUCCUGAGAAUAAUUUCACAGUUAUGGGCUUUGGGAGGACAUCAAUGAGUCAGAAUACUCCUCUAUCCACAAUCCUGAUGUUUGGCUAUUUGAGGCAUCAUCCUGUGGCAGAUUGUCAGGCAAGAGGGGAAUACGGAGGAGCUUUUCCAAGCUCAGCAAUUUGCGUCGGACCAACCGGAGAGAGACAAUCAAGCACAUGCAUAGGUGAUUCAGGAGCUCCCCUUGUUCACUACAGUCAGGAGUCUGGUCAACCUGUCCAGGUGGGUGUUGUUUCAUUCGGGAAUACCGAAUGUGAAGGACUGCAGGGAUGCAGCAAAGUCGAUAUCUAUACCGAAUGGUUUUGUCAAGUAACUAAUGGGAAUGUUUGCUCAUGAUCCUGGAAUUAAAAUUAGGAAAAAUGCUAGAACUUAAUUUUAUCAAAUCAAUGAAUAUUUCCCCCCUUUAAGCUCCUUCAGAAUAAUUAUUUUAAUGAAUUUAUUGAAUUAUUUAAUUUUGCAAGUUCUGUAAU